UUGCGCUUUUUCCCCCGUGGAAAAGAAUCGGCAGACAUUUUUUUCUGGAGAGUUAAACUUUACUGCGAUUUGACAAUGAAUUUGACUAUUAUUUUCAUACAAUUUAUAGGUUAAAUUUUCACGACAGCGUGUGUUUUAGCACUUCUGAAUGAUUAUUUUGAGGUUUUUAGGGUUUAUUUUUAGUUUUUUGGGGUUUUAGAGAGUUUUAGGGAUGCAAUCAUGAAACAUUUACAGUUGAAGGUUCCAUUAACUUUUUUUAACGUUUUUUUGAGGGUGUGAAAGGAGUCUGCUGUAGUUUCAGUGAUUUAUGUUUUUACUGUGAUUUUAAACGAUGAAGGCAAUUGACGAAAUAGAGCAGCGGGACCUGCCCCAGGCCCUUCGUCUCCUGGGUGAGAUGAAUGCAAACGUUCUACGUGUUAAUCAACUUGUUGAUAAUAUGUUAGUACGCGUAAAAAAUGGGGAAGUGUCAACUGACAAGGGUUUGAGUUUCCUUGAGAUAAAGUAUCACAUGUUGCUUUCUUAUUUGAUUAAUCUUACGUACGUUGUAUUGAGAAAAUGCUCGGGUGAAAAAAUUGAGGGUGAUCCAUCCAUUGAUCGUUUGGUGGAGAUUAGAACGGUGUUGGAGAAAAUCAGACCGAUUGAUCAUAAGCUUAAGUAUCAGAUUGAUAAGUUGGUGAAGACUGCUGUCACAGGAACCACCAGCCGUUCCGAUCCCAGCAACUUUAGGGCUAAUCCAGAAGCACUCGUGGCGAAGAUUGAUGGAAGUGAUCAGGAGGACGAGACUGACGGGGAGGCAGAUGCAGGGAAGAGCAAUAAAGUCAGGAAGGCCGGGGUUUAUGUACCACCUAAACUUACGGCUGUUCAUUAUGAUGGAGAUGAAACAAUGAUGGAAAAAUUACGUAAGGCUGGUGAGCGUGCACGAAGACGUUUAGUAUCAGGCGCUGUACUUCGCGAGCUGAAGGAAGAGUAUUUGGAUGCACCAAUCGAAGACACCCAGGGUGGUGAAAAACAGAUUAGUUUAGGACGUGAAAAUAAACGAAAAAUUGAGUUUGAGGAGAACUAUAUGACACGUUUGCCGGUGACGAAACAGGAAAAACACCGUAGUCGUCAAAUUUCCACGCUUGGACAGCUUGGUGACGAAAUAACGAACUUUGGAGGAUCAUCAUCAGUUUCCAUGAAAAAACCCAAAGCCGCCAAGGGCAAAGGGAAGACAAGUUUUAAGAAGAAACGACACUAUUAAAUUGUUUUUUUUUCGCAAGGACACUCGUCGUUAAUCGUUUAAAGGUAAACCAAAAAAAGCAAAAUUAUUUAAAAAAACUUUGAUAAAACUCGUAUGCAAGACUUCUGGUAAAUACUCUUGAAACUACUAAAUUAUAGUAAUUAACGGAAUAAAUUUAGGGGUAAAAAAAUGGAUCGAAUUCAAGAAAUGAAAACACACAAACAACAGAGAAGCAGAGAACGUACAUUAUAAUUUUUUUAUUAAAAAUAAUCCAAACCCAUAACAGAUGAAAAUAAUUAGGGGUAAAAAAAUGGAUCGAAUUCAAGAAAUGAAAACACACAAACAACAGAGAAGCAGAGAACGUACAUUAUAAUUUUUUUAUUAAAAAUAAUCCAAACCCAUAACAGAUGAAAAUAAUUAGGGGUAAAAAAAUGGAUCGAAUUCAAGAAAUGAAAACACACAAACAACAGAGAAGCAGAGAACGUACAUUAUAAUUUUUUUAUUAAAAAUAAUCCAAACCCACAACAGAUGAAAAUAAUCAUUGUUUCCCAUCAUUAAACAAAUCUGUGGGAAUCAUAUCUUCAGACUGUUCUGAAGAAAACGAAUAUUUUCAGAAACUGAAACGCCCACAAUUUGUUCAUUCAAUUACAGACAUGGAAACAAAAAUGUUUGGAUAAUCACUUGAAGGACUAAACAAAAUUAUACAGUUAAAAACACAUGUCUUAGGAUUUUAUCGCUGUUCUAGGCUAUAGAAAUAAGAAAAAAAUAAUAAUGUAGUUAAUAGUUUUACGAUUAUUCGUACUUUUACGUUUGCAAAUUUCUCUUCUGGUAAAAUCAACAAAAUACACAAACAUGUUGAGGCUACAUUUUCGGUGUCGUUGGUCAAGGCUUCCGUUAUGUUUAUCAUCGAUUUUUAAGUUUCAAAUUUUCUUUUUUACUAUUUCAAGUUUUGCACCUAUUAUCGCUGUGUUUAACAUUACGAGUUAAUUUGUUACGUAUUUAUCAUUAAAAGUAUAAUGAAGGCAAAAACGUAAAAGAUAACGGGGACGUGUCAAAAUUCAAAAUUAAACAAAACAAAGUGAAAGGUCAAAAUUUCAAGUUUAUUCUAUGUGUAAUUCUACAUGGGUUUCAAAGUUUUUUUAGUUUCCUCUGGGUGUAUUGACGUGUGACAUUGAGAAACAAACAAAAACUCUUGUAAUCAAAUAAUACAUAAAAAGCAAGAUGAAAAAACCUGCAGAACGAAAGCAACGUUUGUUUCCGAAGAUGAAAGAAAAAAAAUGGCUCAAUUACUAACAGAUAAUUAUAUUUUUUACAAAGUGUUCAUCGAAUAUUGAGCCAUCCAAAUGCCACCCGCCAUUCCACUUCUAUUAAUCUAUGAAGACGAUUCCAAUGUGAUAAAAAAAAUAAUAAUUGAAAGAGUAGCGAGGAAAAGUGAAAAAAAUGAUAAUACAAAUAAAAAUCGAAAAUCAGUCAAAAGAGCGGUUUUAAAUGCUGAUGACUCUUUUUUUACGAAAUCGGCAGUUUCAGACAAUUUUAUAAAUAAAAACAAGUGAAGAGCAAGAAAGAUCUUGAUAAACAAAAAAUGUCAAUACACGAGUCCAAGUUAUUUACUCUCCCAUGACAGGGUUUAAUGCAAUUGAAGAAGUAAACAAAAUGAAUAAAAGUAAAAUUAAAAUGUUAUAGGUAAACCGCACCGAGUGGUCAAUAGAAUUGUAUUUUUUUCAAUAGAGAAAAGUAUGAGAAAAAUGGUAACAUAAAGUCAACUAAAAAUGUGGUAACGAGUUGGAUGAGUAUUGAAUCGCAGAGGCCUGGAAAUAUCCAAAAUAAGUGAAAGAGAAUUAAUUAAGGAAUAAUGUUCCAAACAUAUCGGCAGUUGAAACUGGUAUUAAACGAAAUAAUAAACAAAAUGAAAUGGUAACAAUAUUGAUUGAAUACUAGCUCAUAAGCACCAACUUGAAGACAGAAACAAAAAUGAAAUAAAAAUGCAAAUGAAAAUUGUUUUUA